UGAUAACAAGGCACUAAAAGCAGAUGUACAAAAAACCUUAAGUCAAUUUAAUUCUUCUUUUCAAACCACCACACUCUACGGGAAAAUGCCAGCCCCGACAGGCCUUAAACAGUCGGGCGAACCGACAACAGCCGCCCCCUUCGAUACCCUUCAAACACAUGACCAGAAUGAUGAAGUCUUGAUCGAUACCCAGAACCCGGUGGACAACGGGACGGCGGAUUCUGCUCCUGUAGCAGGAUCGGCCCAGGACUCCGAGAUGCACAUUGAUGAAGAAGGACGACCUGUUUUCACUCCCGCCAAAGAUGUCAAUGGUGUCUACCGUGUUGAGACUCGGAAAGUGCCUGUCCCGCCACAUAGGAUGUCGCCAUUGAAAUCAUAUUGGGCCAAAAUCUAUCCUCCCCUCGUCGAACACUUGAAAUUACAAGUGCGGAUGAACAUCAAGAAUCGCGCUGUCGAGUUGCGAACCUCCAAAUUCACCACAGAUACCGGGGCGCUUCAGAAGGGCGAGGAUUUCAUCAAAGCUUUCACUCUUGGCUUCGAUGUCGACGACGCCAUUGCACUAUUGCGACUGGAUGACCUAUACAUCCGCUCGUUCGAGAUCCGCGACGUCAAAGCGUCCCUCAACGGUGAACAUAUUGGCCGCGCAGUUGGCCGUAUAGCUGGAAAGGACGGGAAGGUGAAGUUUGCGAUUGAAAACGCCAGUCGGACCAGAGUCGUACUGGCCGACCAGAAGAUACAUAUCCUCGGAGGGUACCGGUCGAUAUUAGUGGCCCAAGAGGCGAUUGUCAGCUUGAUUCUGGGCAGUCCUCCCGGUAAGGUCUACGGAAACCUUCGCAAGGUCUCGGCACGAAUGAAGGAGCGUUUUUAGAUCAUCGUCCCUCUAGUUUCCCACCCCCUUUGGCGCAGUUCUUUUUUACUUUGUUUAUUCUCUGGUCAUGGAUGUUAUGGUUUUUAUGGUAGCAAUGAACAAUAAUUGGCAUGAUUACG